GAGAGAGGAUAGGAAAUAUAGGAAAUAUUGACUUUAUUGGUAUUGGGUUGGCUUUGCUUGCACAAGAGAGAGAGAGAGAGGGAAACUCUGGAUUCCACCUCUUCCCGUCCUUCGUGACGGUCCUCUUCCCGUCCUUCGUGACGGUCCUCUUCCUUCGGCCAUUUCAGGGUGAUCUGGGUUUGUAUCUUGCGGAUCUUGAUAUAUUUUUUGAGAGAUGGAAGGAGUUUGUUUCUUGUCUAGUUGCUUCCAAUAUUGGUUGCUUUCAUCCCAAGAAGUGCUUGACCGCCGAUUCUUCAUCCUUGGAGAUUUUCUUCUUGUUUCCUUUGUUAAUUGCACCUAGUUUUCUGUUCUACUUUAAUGAUCAGAACAGUGUACGUAAUGCUCGUUUCUUCUGAGAUAGGUGCUGCAUCUUUAGGGAACAUAUACAAUGCAUUGCUGACCCAACAUCCAGUUGAAACAUCUGAAAAAUCCAUUUCUGGGGGCUGAAGUACAUAUAUUGAUGUGUGAAUUUUGGAUGCUGCCUGCUUCUCAAGUAUUAGAUAACUGAUUGGAUUGAAACAGAGGAGACAGUACUUAUUAACUAUCAUUGUGUUGUUGCUUCUAAUGGAUAUUGGUGGUGACAAAAUAUUAGUUACCAGAAAAUUCUGAAACAAAAUCUAUGUAGAUUAGAUGAAGUGGCUAUUACAGAAGUCCUGAAGUUUGGGGUCAUGAUGAGUUUAGCUGAAAAUUAAUGUUGCUUUGAGCAAUCAUUUUUGUUGGACCUGGGCAUUGUUAUUAUGUUCUUCAGGACUUGUUCAUUUCUACCAGAUGCAUCCUUCUACCAUUACAAAGCUGUGGGUCUUUUAAUCAAUAAGGCUAUGCUGCCCUUCCAUCAGAAAGUUUAUGUUUUUUAUUUUAUUUCCAUGUCCAAGAAUUGACGGUGGCAUUUGCUAGACCAUCUAAUAUCUGUCAACAUUUCCUAUCCUUUUCUUGGCAUUGUCUGCUAGAGAUAAAUGCCAUCUAUAUUUUGUGUGUUUGCAACUGCUUUUUGAAUAAGACCUGCUUUGGGUUCUCUUGGGGGAAAUGGAGAGGUACAAGUUAAUUAAGGAAGUUGGUGAUGGAACAUUUGGGACUGUUUGGAGAGCCAUUAACAAGCAAAGUGGUGAAGUAGUCGCAAUCAAGAAAAUGAAGAAGAAAUAUUACUCUUGGGAGGAGUGUGUAAACCUGAGAGAAGUCAAGUCAUUACGAAAAAUGAGUCAUCCAAAUAUCGUGAAGCUGAAGGAAGUUAUUCGAGAAAGUGACAUUCUGUGCCUUGUUUUUGAGUACAUGGAAUGCAAUCUCUACCAACUUAUGAAAAACAGGGAAAAGCUGUUUUCUGAAAAUGAAAUUAGAAACUGGUGUUUUCAAGUUUUCCAAGGUCUAGCUUACAUGCACCAGCGUGGAUACUUUCAUCGUGAUCUGAAGCCUGAAAACUUGCUGGUCAGCAAGGAUGUCAUCAAAAUUGCUGAUUUUGGCCUAGCCCGAGAGAUCAGUUCACAACCACCAUAUACUGAGUAUGUCUCCACACGGUGGUAUCGUGCUCCUGAAGUCCUGCUUCAGUCCCAUAUAUACAGCUCUAAAGUUGAUAUGUGGGCAAUGGGUGCUAUUAUGGCUGAGUUGUUCACUCUUCGUCCCCUAUUCCCUGGUACCAGUGAAGCAGAUGAGAUCUAUAAAAUAUGCAGUGUGAUAGGUAGUCCAACUACUGAAUCUUGGGCAGAUGGACUCAAACUUGCCAGGGAUAUCAACUAUCAAUUUCCACAGCUUGCUAGUGUGCAUCUCUCAGCAUUAAUCCCAUCCAGAAGUGAUGAUGCAAUCAGCCUUGUUACAUCUCUUUGUUCAUGGGAUCCCUGCAAGAGACCAACAGCAGCAGAGGCUCUCCAACAUCCUUUCUUCCAGAGUUGCUUUUACAUUCCUCCGUCCCUUCGCACCAGAGCUGUAGCCAGAACUCCUCCAUCUGCUGGGAUAAGGGGAUCUCUAGAUCGGCCUGGGCUUAAGAGAUACUCUGGUGCUUUGCCUAAUACAAAAAUCACCAACAAUUAUUCUUCCCCGAAAGUACAAGCUUCUUUAGCUUCAGGUGUACAACGGAAGCUGGAUAUGGCAAAUGAGGAUGGAAUUAAGAACAAAAAGUCAUUGAAGACUACUCCAUCAAAAUAUCGAUUACCAGGAAAAGACAGCCCUACAUCUAUAAACAAGGGGAGGACUGCACGUGGGGUUUCAGAAACAGCUGAGAAGUUGGGCAAUAUGGCGAUUGGCACUCGAAGACAGUCGAUGGGACAAACCCGUCCACCCCCAAUGAAGGCUGGAGUCAAUUGGAUUUCUGAAUCUGGAAACUUCAUGGUCAAGUCCAGACCAACUGAAAGAACUUUAACAAGAAAAGUUGCUGGAUGACUUUGGAGAUAAUGUUCUAAACACGCGGUUGUUAUAUUUUUUGUUUUGGGACACGCCGUCAGUUUAACUACAUUUGGUGAAACAGUCAUGCGGAUGCCUAUUAGUCUUUUAUAAAAACUUUUCAAUUUCAUUACUGUUUGUUUGGGGUGAAAUAAGAAAGACCAAAAUAGAGGGAUGAAGGAAACUAAUCCAAGAUUUGGUUGCAGUGGAAGUAGGGAAGGAAUGGGAGUGGUUUUUAUGGGGCCUAAAAUGAAAAAUAAGUUCCACAGAUGGGCACAAUAAGUUGUUACAUACCUUGACUCUAGACAUUCCUGAAAUACUCUUACGUUAGAAAUGGUCCAUUUUCGAAUUUUGGAUUAUUUUACAUAUGUAACACUAAUUUGGUCUUCUAUAUGAGUGAUUUUUAAUUUAGAUUUUUUAAGUUGACUUUUA